AUGGCAUCAACAGACAUCUGGUCCUCGGUCCCUCAGGCUCCGGCUGAUCCAUUUCCGAUCAAGAAGCUGACAUCUCUAUCCCACCACUCCUUGGCCCCUGUGCUCGCCUCCCCUCCCCUGGCCCCAACCCCGCGCCCGCGUAGCAUCUUCGCGCUCACUGCCCGCUUCAAGGCCGACUCGUAUGACAAGAAGGUCAACCUCGGAGUGGGAGCAUACAGGGACAAUGCGGGAAAGCCGUGGGUCCUGCCAUCGGUCAAGAAGGCCCAAGCAGCCCUCAUCGCAGACGAGUCGGUGGACCACGAGUACCUCUCGAUUACGGGUCUCUCCGAGUUCACCUCCUCCUCGGCCAAGCUGAUCCUCGGCCGCGACUCGCCUGCCAUCGCAGAGAAGCGCGUUGCGUCGGUACAGACGAUCAGUGGUACGGGGGCCAACCACUUGGGUGCCGUCUUCCUGAGCAAGUUCUACGACUACUCGAAGCUGGCAGGUGGGAAGAGGCAGAUCUACAUUAGCAACCCGACGUGGGCCAAUCACAAGGCCAUCUUCAAUAGCGUGGGGAUCACGCCUGUGGAUUACCCUUAUUACGAUGCAAAGACGGUUGGCCUCGACUACUCUGGCUUGACGCAAGCCCUCCAAUCCGCCCCCAACGGCUCCGUAUUCCUCCUCCACGCCUGUGCGCACAACCCCACGGGCGUAGACCCGACACGCGAGCAAUGGCACCAACUAGCAGACAUCUUCGAGUCAAAGGGACACCUCGCCUUCUUCGACUGCGCAUACCAGGGCUUCGCUUCAGGAGAUCUAGACGGAGACGCCUACUCUGUGCGCCACUUUGUGAGCCGCAAGACGAUCCCCGUCGUCAUCUGCCAGAGCUUCGCAAAGAAUGCGGGACUGUACGGAGAGAGGGUUGGGGCCCUUCACGUCGUGUCGGCGACACAGGAACAGAACGAUGCCGUGCUCAGCCAACUGUCCGUGAUCCAACGCUCAGAGAUCUCCAACCCGCCGGCCUUUGGUGCGCGUGUGGUCAGCAUGAUCCUCAACGACGCCUCCCUCUGGUCGCAAUGGCAGUCAGACGUCAAGGAGAUGGCUGGGCGAAUCAUCUCGAUGCGAACGGCCCUGCACGACUUGCUGACCAACAGGCUCAAGACCCCCCCGCCGGGCCAGAGUGGGUCGUGGGAUCACAUCGUCAAGCAGAUCGGAAUGUUCUCCUACCUGGGACUGAAGCCAGAGCAGGUCAAGAGGAUCGUGGAUGAGGGGCAUAUUUAUAUGACGGGGAAUUCGAGGAUCAGCAUGGCGGGACUGACUACGGGGAAUGUCGAGUAUGUGGCUGGGUGGAUCGAUCGCGUCUCACGCGAGUAG